AUGCCCCCGAAAGACUCGAACUACUCGAGCAUGCCUUUUACACGGGCCCCCGAUUCGAAUCUUCAUCAAACUGACAAUGAUGGUCGUCGACGCAUCACUCUUAAGCGCAAAAUCGAAUCCCUAGAGCAGGAUCGUGACCUAUUUGAACGACUAGUGGAGGUUCUUCGAAGCAACGAUGAGCGACAGGUUCCCGAGAUUCUCAGCUUGAUUCGAAAUAAUGCAUCGUUGGAUGAGAUCCGGUUAUUUCUGACUGAGAGCCGAGUUUCAAGUCAUUUGCUGAAUAUUCAGAUCAAGAGUGCAACCUCCUCUUCGCAACGAUAUAUGGACGUGAGACGUAUCUCAGAUAUACCUCUCUAUGAGGUGCCUGCGCAGCCAUGGACCUCUGUUACAACCGAUGAUUCCUUUGUCUCGCACCUUGUCUCCCACUAUUUUACCUGGCAGCACAGUACUCUGAAUUGGAUUGAUCGUGACUUGUUUAUAGCGGAUAUGAGAGCCCGCAAGUUGAAUUCCCGCUUCUGUUCGCCUUUGCUGGUCAACAUUAUGCUAGCUUGUGCAUGUUUCUAUUCCGACUAUCCUGAGGUAUUCGCCGUACCUGAUGAGCCCAGCACCCGAGGUGAACACUUUUUGGAAGAGGCAAUGCGGCACCUAGCAAUGGAAGAUGAUCGACUGCGCCUUACCACUCUUCAGGCAUGGGGAGACAUCUAUACGAUUUCCUACAUUAUGGGCAGAGAUAGACUUGGCUCGCAAUACCUGAUGAAGAUAGCAGACUACAUCAGCCAGGUCAUGGACAACCGCCAGAAAAUGAUAUCCGAGGCCAAUGAACAAGCCACAGAAAUGGCAAGAUCGAUUGAUACUGCACUCUUUGGCUUGUUCAGUCAGUAUCCAGUUGCCAUCCUAAGCCUCCAUCAGCCCGCCGCCAUCAACAGACCUACGGACCUCGAAUACUUCCCUGAAACCCACGAUCCCAGAGACCUUUGGACACCGUAUCCUCGUCAAGGCGAGCCUAUCGCAGCUCAUACAAACUGUCUGAAAAACGGCCUAUUCAACCAGGGGCUGAUUAUGUGGGAGGUAUGCGACUAUUUGUUUGGAGAUGAGAAGACAGCGAGAGUCGAUCCCGAAAUAAUCAAUGCUUUCCACCAACGCUUUGAGAACUGGGCCGAGAACCUUCCAGAAUGCAUCAAAUUGGGAUAUGCUUCAACACCGGGUGUCAUGGAAAUGCACAUGCGCCAUCAUAACGCAAUUCUAAUCAUGUUCGGCUUCAUCACACCAAUCGUAAAAAAAGGCGAAUCAACCGCAAAAGACCGCAUCAAAAAUCUACGAACAUCGUCAGCCCGCCAUAUCGGUAGCAUACUCAACCAAUUCCGCUCUCUAUGGCCAGUGGAAUGUAUGCCAAUGGCAACAAUGCAGUACGCGACCAUUGCAUUGUUCACACUCUUUGAAGAUCUGGACGACGUCCAAAACCAAAGGGCGUUUACAGAUACUGUAAUCACUCUUCGGGCACUUGCUCGCCGAUGGCAGUUUGCAAAAGGACUGCUUCGGCUUGUACAGCUAACGACUCUGAAACGGGAGAAUUCGCUGCCCAGUGAUACCGUGGUUUUUUUGAGAGACAUGCCGUCACGUUCUGGGAAUCAUGGGGGUGAGAGUGAUUCUGCGGCUUGGCCGUUAUGA